AUGGGUGGUACUACAAAAUAUAUGUCUCCUCAGGCUCUGGGCACUCUCAGUUCCUCGCUUCCCCUGAUGCUUGUGCUCUGCUCCCUUGUCCAUGCAUCAUUAGGUGCUACGUCACUCCGAAAGGAUUCUAGCACCGACUUCCAUGCUCUCCGCUGCCUUAAACUCCAUCUCAGCACUACUGCUGGACCCCUAGCUUCGUGGAAGAACGAUUCACUGCAGUUCUGCGGUUGGUCCGGUGUUACUUGGAGCAAGAGACACGUGUCUCGUGUCGUUGCGCUGGACCUCGAGUCGUUUAAUCUCGAUGGCCAAAUACCUGCUUGCAUUGGCAACCUCACUUUCCUCACAAGAAUGCACGUCCCCAACAAUCAACUCAGUGAUCAAAUUCCACCUGAAAUUGGCCAACUAAAUCGGUUGCGGUACCUUAACCUCAGCUCAAACUAUCUUAGUGGAGUGAUCCCAAGCACUCUGUCUUCAUGCUUUCACCUUCAAAUUGUUGAUCUUGGAAGCAACUCCCUUGAUGGAGUGAUCCCCCAAAGCCUGAGCCAAUGUUCAGAUAUGCGGCAGCUCAACUUGGGUCACAACAAGCUCAGUGGAGGUAUCCCGCAAGGAUUGGGGAUGCUCCGCAACUUCUCAGUUCUACAUCUUGCUACAAAUAGUCUGACGGGCAACAUUCCAACUACACUUGGAAGCAGCUCUUCUCUUCGCUCUGUUGUUCUUGUGAACAAUAGCCUCACUGGACAGAUCCCGCCUCUCCUCGCUAAUAGUUCAUCCCUUCAACUUCUGGACUUAACAAACAAUCGCAUGAGCGGGGAGAUACCUUCUGCGUUGCUUAACAGCAUGUCGCUUCAAAAAUUAUCACUAGGAAUGAACAACUUUGUCGGGUCCAUACCAGCUUUGUCGAACAUUGGCCCACCCUUGCAAUAUCUUAAAUUACAAUCAAACAAUCUUUCUGGCACCAUACCUUCUUCUUUAGGGAUUUUUUCUUCGCUUCGCUACCUCUUGCUUGGAGAUAAUAAUUUCCAUGGUAGAAUCCCAAUGAGUAUAGGCAAUAUUCCGUACCUGAGAGUACUAGAUCUCACUUAUAAUUCUUUGUCUGGGACAGUCCCUGACACUCUUUACAACAUAUCAUCACUUACAUACCUUGGCAUGGGUAUGAACAUACUUGUAGGGGAAAUUCCAUAUAACAUCGGAUAUACCCUUCCAAACAUCCACACUUUGAUCAUGCAAGGAAACAACUUCACAGGACAAAUCCCCAUUUCAAUAGCCAACACAACCAAUCUUCACGUGAUCAACCUCCGCGACAAUUCAUUUCAUGGUAUUGUUCCUUCUUUUGGGACUCUUCCUAGUCUAGUAGAUCUGAAUCUAGGCUGGAACCAACUUCAAGCAGGAGAUUGGUCUUUCUUAUCCUCAUUGACUAAUUGCACACAACUGGAGAAGUUGCGCUUGGAUGCAAACAACCUUGAGGGUGUCUUGCCCAAUUCCAUUGCAGGCCUUUCAAAGAGCUUAGAGUUAUUGUUAUUAAGAUCAAAUAGAAUAUCUGGCACUAUACCUUCGGAGAUACAGUACUUGACAAGCCUCAGACGUCUUUACAUGGAACGAAAUUUGCUUACUGGAAAUCUUCCUGAAUCAGUUGGAAAUCUUUCCAACUUGUUUGUCUUAAGCUUGUCUCAGAACAAACUUUCCGGAUCAAUUCCACUUUCUGUCGGUAAACUGAGUCAACUGAGUGAGCUCUAUUUACAGGAAAAUAAUUUUAGUGGCCCUAUCCCAGGAGCUUUAGCAGGUUGCAAGAAGUUAGAAAAACUAAACCUCUCUUGUAACAGCUUUGAUGGGAGAAUACCAAAGGAGUUGUUUUCUCUUCCCUCCCUUUCCCAGGGUUUGGACUUGUCCCACAACCAACUCUCUGGACAGAUACCUCCGGAGAUUGGCAGCCUGAAAAAUCUUGGGUCACUGAAUAUUUCCCAUAAUCAACUGUCUGGACAAAUACCCCCCACUCUAGGUCAGUGCGUCCAUCUGGAGUCCCUCCACAUGGAGGGUAACCUCUUUCAUGGGAAAAUCCCUCACUCCUUCAUAAGUUUGGGAGGCAUCAUUGAGAUGGAUCUAUCUCAAAACAAUUUAUCAGGUGAAAUCCCUGACAUCUUUAAGUUCUUUAAGUCUAUGAAGCUUCUCAAUUUGUCCUUCAACAAUCUCGAGGGUCCUGUACCAGCAGAUGGAAUAUUUCAGAAUGGAAGAAAGGUUUUUAUUCAAGGGAACAUGAAGUUAUGUACCAGCACGCGAUUGCUACAGGUGCCAUUUUGCAAUGCAGAGGCAUCCAAACAAAGGAAUAGCUCCAGCAUUCUCAAGAUAGUAGGAUUUACAGUUCUUUCUUUGGUCCUGUUAUCAUGCUUUGCAACCAUUAUUUUCAAGAAGAAAAAGAACUUCAAACAAGCAGCUCAUCCAUCCUCCAAAGAGUUGAAGAAGUUCACAUAUGCUAAUUUAAUGAGGGCAACAAAAUGGUUUCUCAUCAGAUAA